CCAGACCCAUCCCAACUCCAGACCGACCCAAAGCCUCGAACCCGGACUCAGAACCAGAUUCAGCAUGUCCGCCACGCUGGGUUACUCUUCCUUCUUUUCCUCUGGCCUCCUCGCACCGCAUACUCCAAGUGCUCAGGCGCCUCGCGAGCCAUCCCCGUCUACUCCUCGGGCGUCCGUAGCCAAUCUCCCGGCCGAUGACACUACGCCUACUGCGCAUACAACCACAACCCACGCGGUACAUGAGUCCCAAGUGCUCCCCUCGAUCUCCAUUCCAGCGGCAGACGACUCUCGACCGCGUCUCCGGCGUCGACGGUCCUCUCUUGCGGGGUCCGCAUCCCCGCUCACGAACAUAAAAUCGUCGGGGCCAAUCCGCAAUGCCACCGCGUCGGUACAGCGCAACUUGCGUGCGCGGUCAGGAAGCGAUGCGAGCGUCCUGUCGACUGCGUCUGCCGCUUCUGCUGCAAACGAGAACAGCAAUACAAACACUGGCUCCAAGCCAACAGGCAUCAUUGGCAGGCUUCGCAGCGGCAGCCUCGGGACUGCACUUCGCCCGCGGAGAGGACUGCGCCGCGUCGCGCCACCCGUCCCCGCCCUACCGCCCCCCAGCGCGCCCCUCCCAGCGGUGCCCGCGCUGUCGAGCUCGCCCACUUCGCCCCUCUCGACCAUCGUCGGCAGCCCGACGUCGCCCGCGUCCCCGCGCCGGCCGCUCGCCCGGCGCGCGCAGACGUCCGACAACUACGAGCUGACGGCGUCGCCGUUCACCGUCGCGGGUUCGUCGCCGAUGUGCGUCGCGGACGACGAGGACGCGUUCGCGGCGAGCGUCGCUGCGCUCGGCAAGCGCGCGCUGCAGGAUGAUAUGCAGGUCGACUACCCGAGCCCGGUCGACGGCCCUGUGUCCUUCGACUGGGGCAUGGCGCGGAACUAGAUUCGGCCGCCGAUGUUCUCUUGUGACGUACGACAUACUACUACUACAUGCCGGUGCUCCUGGGGAGUGCUGGACGUUACCCGUUCCUCUUCUGUUGCCUAUAUCUCGCCACUCGUACUCUGAACUUUUCGACGACGGACCUUUUACUCUUCUGAAUCCCGACUAUGCUCAUUCCUGUCUAUCCCACUCUCCGUACAGUUGGUGAUGCUAAUGGCCCCGAUUACGCAUGUUACAUACAUCCGCAUAUAUACCUACCAUACUGUACGAUGACUAAAAUACCGUCGUUCGCGCGACUUGAGGCAUGCCUCCGGGUGCGACGAUGGACUACUUACGUAUACAUACCGCUAUAUUGUUACAUUACC